CGGAGCAAUCAAUUAAUAGUCCUAUUCGGAGUAUUCGUCGUCGUAGUAACAUCCAAAUUUUUGUAACCAGGUAUUCGUAGUAAUUGUUGUCGGAGUAAAUGUAUUCGGAGGAUUUUUUUACAGUGUCGGAGUAAAUGAAUGUCGGGGCAUCAUCAGUUCGUGGCAAUCUCCGGAACCCUUUUUUUAAGUUAGAUCGAAAAAAAAAGAAAUGUUUAAAACAAUUAUUGCUAAAAAUUUGUCUUACUGUAAAAAGUUAUUUUUUUAUAAUAGACUCUUUAAAGAUGGUAUUCCAUGUUCAUUAACAUUGAAAUUGUACUCUUCAAUUCCUAAAACAACGUGCAAUAUCGGUACAAUUGGACAUGUAGAUCAUGGAAAAACUACUUUGACUGCUGCAAUUACUAAAGUAUUAGAAAAAGAUGGUUUAACUAAAUUUAUAAAUUAUGAUCAAAUUGAUAAAGCUCCUGAAGAAAAAGCUAGAGGUAUAACUAUUAAUAUAGCACAUGUAGGGUAUGAAACAAAAAAACGUAAAUAUGCUCAUGUGGAUUGUCCGGGACAUGCUGAUUUUGUCAAAAAUAUGAUAGUUGGAGCAUCUCAAAUGGAUGGGGCUAUUCUUGUGGUUGCAGCUACAGAUGGCUCAAUGCCUCAAACACGUGAACAUUUGUUAUUAAUUAAACAAGUUGGUGUUAAACAUAUUAUUGUCUACAUUAACAAAGCAGAUAUUACAGAUAAAGAAGUUAUUGAACUUGUAGAGCUAGAAAUUAGGGAAUUAUUAACAGAUUUUGGUUUUGAAGGUGAUAAGAUUCCAUGUAUCAUUGGAUCUGCUUAUCUUGCUUUACAAGGGGAUCAAUCUGAAUUAGGAGAGAUAUCAAUUAGGAAACUUAUGGAUGCUGUUGAUAAUUUUAUUCCUACACCUCAACGUGAUUUUACAUCUCCAUUUUUAUUACCAAUUGACAAUGCUUUGUUAGUACCUGGUCGUGGCGCAGUUGUCAUUGGUACUGUAAAACGUGGUACUCUAAAGAAAAAUGAUAAAAUUGAUUUGUUAGGAUUUGAUGAAAUAAUGUCUACAUCAAUUAGUGAUAUUCAUAUAUUUAAGCAAUCUGUACCUUCUGCUAAGGCUGGAGAUAAUGUAGGAUUGCUGGUAAGAGGUGUCAAACCUAAAAAUAUUCGUAAAGGUAUGAUUGUAUGUCCUAAUAAUAGUUUGACAAUAAAUAAUCACUUCAAAGCCACAAUAUACUUUCUUCAACGGGGAGAAGGUGGACGAUCAAAGCCAGUUACUUCAAAAUACCAACAACAAUUAUUUAGCCAUACUUGGAAUAUUACUAGCAGCUUACAUAUAAUUUUUAGAAUUGACUUAGAUCCAUCAAUUCCAAUGAUUAUGCCUGGAGAACAUGCUGAAGUUCGAUUAACAUUGUUAAACAAAAUGGUUAUGGAUAUAGGUCAAACAUUUACAAUAAGAGAAAAUGGAAAAACAGUAGCUACUGGAAUCAUAAGUCAAAAAUUAUCUAAUGUUAAUAUACCUAAAGGAAAUCUUGGAAGAUUAGUUAUUAAUUAUGAAAACACGACAUGUCCUGGUUCUACACAAUAAAUCUAAUAUAAAUACAUUAAA